AUGCUGUUGCUGGCUCAGGCACCCAAGGCUUGGCACAGGCUCUUUCAGCUCAAGCCUCCAGCCCUCCCUAGGACCCCAGGAGGAGAGGCCCAGCACGUGAGGUACCGGCUCCUAUCAAGGCAGGGCCCUGCAGAGACAGGAAGGCAGGACCAGCCCCAGGGCCCUGGGCUACGAACUAGGUUGCUGAUCACAGCCUUGAUUGGGGCUGGGCUGGGCGGGGCCUGGCUGGCCAUGAGGGCCGAGAAGGAGCAGCGGCAGCAGCGACGACGGACAGAGGCCCUGCGCCAGGCUGCCGUGGGCCAGGGUGACUUCAGCCUGCUGGAUCACCGGGGCCAGGCUCGCUGCAAAGCCGAUUUCCGGGGCCAGUGGGUGCUGAUGUACUUCGGCUUCACUCACUGCCCGGACAUCUGCCCCGAGGAACUGGAGAAGCUGGUGCAGGUGGUCCGGCAGCUGGAGGCGGAGCCUGCCCUGCCCCCCGUGCAGCCCAUCUUCAUUACCGUGGACCCCGAGCGGGAUGACGUGGCGGCCAUGGCCCGCUAUGUGCAGGACUUCCACCCCAGGCUGCUGGGCCUGACCGGCUCUGCUGAGCAGGUUGCCCAGGUGAGCCGCAGCUACCGCGUGUACUACAGCGCCGGCCCCAAGGACGAGGACCAGGAUUACAUCGUGGACCAUUCCAUCGCCAUCUACCUGCUCAGCCCUGACGGCCUCUUCACAGACUACUACGGCAGGGCCAGGUCGGCCGAGCAGGUCGCAGACAGCGUGCGGCGCCACAUGGCUGCCUUCCGCAGCGUCCUGCGCUGAGCUGGUCAUUAAAAGGAUGUGGUGGA